CGAGUGCACGCCUUCGGGGGCACCGGCUUUAAACUGGGCUCUACUUCGCAGGAGUCGACGUCCAUUGCGGGCCCACCCCUACCACAGAGACAACCAAAUCCGGACCGAGUGUUGAAGUUGUGGUCCAAUGGGUUCAGUGUAGACGACGGCCCUCUCAGGGAUUACAAAGACCCGCAAAACGAAGAGUUUUUGAAAUCUGUUGGUCGCGGAGAGAUUCCCAGAGAACUGACGCGAGAAUCGGGUGGAAACGAAGUGCAUUUAAAUCUCGAGGACCACAAGACUGAGCCAUACGUCGCCCCUAAGAGACGUGUUCAGGCCUUCGCUGGCGAGGGAUUCCGUUUGGGAAAUCCCACGGCAGAAGUGGUCACAACUAAUACUCAAUCCAAUGCGACGACGGAUCCCAAAGUGUCUGAAGCGGAAGCGCUGAACAAUCUGAAUGUGAACCCAAGCCUUCCCACCACUAGUAUUCAGAUACGACUGUCCGACGGAUCGUUUGGUCGUAAAACUAAAUUUAGUUCAUACUAUCGCUCACAUCAGACAAUAUAUCUGUAGCUCUCGUCCGGCAUACUCUGCACAGAACUUCGUGCUGAUGACCACAUUCCCCAA